GCACCACGAGACCGCCGACUGAUCUUAGAGUUCACAGACUUUCAUGUAGAGACGUCACCAUGUGACUUUGACCGGUUGGAGGUGUAUGAUGGAGUUCUUGUUGCAACAAACAGCCUACUGGCAGUAUUCUGUGGCAGUGACCUUCCAGUGUCCUUGACAUCCAUUUCAAGCAACAUGACCUUGAAGUUUAUCUCUGAUGCCAAUCUGCAGAAUCAAGGAUUUAGAGCGGCUGUACGAUUCUCACCUGGAGAAGGAGCGACAGAACCCACGACCACUUUAACAUCAAAGACUGGCGCUACGACCUCAAUGAAAACCUCAGUGACUACAUCAACAGUUGUGACCUCCACGUCUGCUGCUACCGAAUCGGAGUCCACCAGCCAAACUACAAUUAAAGAUUUAACCACCAAAAUACCACAGCAAGUAUUCGCAGGUUGCAACAGGACGAUCAUGGACACCACCUCAAACAUCAGCACUCCCAAUUUUCCAGGGAAAUACCCCUAUGACAUCAUCUGUGUUACUAAGCUGAGAAGUGAGGUCAACAGUACUUUCCUGAUCUCCUUUUCAAACUUCAGUGUAGAAGAAGAUGAGAACUGUGGCUACGACUCUCUCAGCAUUUAUCAAGUGCAUCCAGGUAACAUUCAAACCUCAGACAAUGGAAGAGUAUUCUUACGGCGCUUGUGUGGAAUCCAUCUAGAGAAUCCAGUUUUAAGCUUUGAAGGUUACGGUCUGGAUUUAGUGUUCAAGUCUGACAAGUCUUUAAGUAGCACUGGCUAUUGGGCUCAGGUGCUUAUUGCCCCUUUGUUUCAAGGUCCCAGUUGCCCUGCGGUUUGUGAAAAUGGAGGAACUUGUACUGAGACUCUGUUGCCUGAUGGAGCCAUUGACUGGAUAUGUGUUUGUGCCGAGCGCUUCACUGGCACUUUGUGUGAGACGCAAGCUCGUGAAACAUGCUCUGACAUCAGGUGUGAGAAUCGCGGCAUCUGCCGAGACGACGGUGCAGAUGUCUCCUGUAUGUGCUCAAGCGGUUACUCUGGGCGCUUCUGUGAACAAAGAGAAACGGUAACAGAAGGAGGCUCCUUGUAUUUCACCAAGAUGAUGGGUAACCUGUCGGUGAGUGUGGGCAGUAGUAUCAUCCUGGAGUGUGCUGUCAACGAUCCCACAGCCCACGUCAUGUGGUUAUUCCAAGAUCUGAUCAUGACAAACACUGAUUGGUCCCGUGGGGUAGAGGUCCACCCGGGAGGUGUGGUUGUCAUCCCAGAGGUUGAGGACGCACAUUCAGGCCGAUACACCUGCAUGGCGGUCACAGCUGAUGACCUUGUCGAGAAGUCCAUGUGGUUACAGCUGAAAGAGCCAUGCAGCCUGCAUGUGACAAAGUUUCCAAAUAACGUGACAGUGAAGGAAGGCCACACAGCCAUGUUCCAGUGCUAUGUUCCUGAUGCUGACGUCAUGCUGUGGAGAAAGGAUGGGGACAUUGUUACCCAGGGGCCAAGGAAACGGAUUUUAGUGAACAACUACCUGGUGAUCAGUCCAGUGAUGGAGACUGAUGCUGGACGUUACACUUGUGCUGCCAGAUCUAAGAGCGGAUGCUUUGCUCGGGUUUCUGCCUACCUGACAGUUGAAACUGUGGGACACGGAAAAGAAUGUGGGCGACCUCACAGCAGGCCCCUAGAUGGUGGAGCAGUCAGAAUUAGCAGCGGUAAAGAAGCUCUUCCAGGUUCGGCCCCUUGGCAUGUCAUUUUACGAGAGGAUAGAAAGGACACAACAUUUUGUGGAGGGUCUCUGAUUUCACCAGACACAGUUUUGACCGCCGCCCACUGUAUUGGACAGUUUGAGAUCACCUUUGGCUACCCUUUUCAUCCACGCCACAUACAGAUCUUUCUGGGAACGCGACAUUGUGCUGGUAACAAUGGCAUUUUCAGACAAAUCAAGUCAUAUACACUUCAUGAGCAGUUCAAUGACACCCUCUACAACAAUGACAUUGCCGUCAUCAAGCUGGACAGCCCUGUAGAUUAUUCAGAGGAAGUGUUGCCCAUCUGUCUUGAGACUCCUGACUUUCUUGAGGAACUGCUAAAACCUGGUCAUCUGGGUCUUAUAACUGGGUGCGGUGGCAAGCAUGAUAACGGACAUGGUCCAACAUACCUGCAUGAAGUUCAGAUUCCGUACGUGUCAAAAGAAAUCUGCAGAGGACGAGCUGCCGUUGUGCGAACAAACUUCACUGAUGGUAUGUUCUGUGCAGGAUAUGCCAAAAGUAUGCGAGGAGACGCAUGUUCUGGAGAUAGUGGUGGCCCAUAUGUGAUAGAGUUCAGGGGGCGCUACAUCCUCGCUGGAAUCGUCUCCUGGGGUGUCGGCUGUGACAGAGAGAAUCACUACGGCUACUACACCAGUAUAGCUCACUACUACGACUGGAUCAUGGGCAAAAUCAAAUAA